AUGAGAUCGAAUCAAUUCGGCAAUUUUUACGAACUCUGUCGAGACGCGACAAUCCCAGUAUGCAACCUUUUGGUUGCGGAUAACCAGCCUCCAAACGCGAAAUACGGUGGAUGCGCCCUUACGGGGAUCAGUCUGAGUGGUGACAGGAACCUCUCGAACCUGGGAGUCAUACUUUUUGCCAUGAUCGCCAUUCUAUUCAGCGCCUUUUUAAUAUGGAAAUCCGAAUGGAAGAGAGCUGCAGUGGGACGAAGGGAAAUACAAAUAUUCCUAGUGGGAUACAUUAUAAUUCAGAUCUGCGAAAUCUUCACCAUUGGCGGCAUCCCUCUAAAUGACGAAGUCAGAAAAGGAUUUACCGCUGUUCACCUAGCUGCCAUCACCGCGACCGCAUGGAUAUUACUCCUCAACGCCGUUGUUGGAUAUCAGUUGCUUGACGACGGCACGCCUGUUUCAGUUGGUCUUCUCAUGUCGUCUGGACUUAUCCUAUUCAUAGGCACGGGCUAUAUCGCUCUGGACACCGCUUUCCGAUGGACCGGGCACUUCGACUCGAGUCUCGGUGGUAGCAAUCGAAAUGUAGGGCUCUACGUCCUAUAUCUUCUAUUCCCCCUAAUCUGCAUCGUAGGCUUCUUUGCUCUGGAAGCUGUACUGGUUGUGCGAAUACUGGGCGAGUUAAGACCUUUACUGUACCUUUCCACAGCAGGCCUGCUUUUCGCCAUUGGUCAAAUCUUUCAAUUCGUCGUCAGCACCCAUCUUUGUCAGGUAUCCAACGGGAAAAUAAACGGAUCCAUGUUCGCGACACUCUUCACGGUUCUUUCUGUAGGUGCAGUCUGGGUGUUCUGGAGCAGCAUCACGGAAGACGACUGGCCGAUGACUAUUGGGGCUGGAGGGUAUAACUAA